AUGGGUCUGUCAAAGUCGAACCGGAUCCUCAUCCUGCUCGCCAUUGACAGCGCCUUCUUUCUCCUCGAAUUGGUUGUUGGCUAUGCCGUCCACUCCCUGGCCCUCGUGGCCGACUCCUUCCACAUGCUCAACGAUGUUCUCUCGCUAUGCGUUGGACUGUGGGCCGUCAAGGUCGCGAACCAGAAGACCAAGUCGAAGAUGUAUACCUAUGGAUGGCAACGAGCAGAAACUCUCGGUGCGCUCGUCAACGGCGUCUUCCUCGUCGCCCUGUGCCUCUCCAUCUUCCUCGAGGCCAUCCAACGGCUCGUCGAACCACAGGAGGUGUCCAACCCCAAGUUGGUCUUGAUUGUCGGUUGCCUCGGCCUAGCAUCGAACAUCAUCGGUCUCUUCCUCUUCCAUGAACACGGUCACAGCCACGGUGGUGGAGGAGAGCAUGGACAUGCACAUGGGGAGGGUGCUACAGAUGACCUGUCUGCGGCCGAAGAAGGGCACAGCCAUGCGCCUAUCGGAGCUGUCCAGGACGACGUCGAGGCGGUGGCCGACGAGGGAGGCAAUGUCGCUGAUGUGCUCCCGGAGAGCCGCUUUGGUAAUUGGCCAACAACACAGAAGCGAGGGUCGGGCCAGCCGUCCGGUAUCUCGUGGGACGUUGAUGGCAAGCCGACUUACAAGACUGCACCCGGCGGCCGUCGUGAGCGGAGGCACAGCCGUUCAAGGUCACGGGCCUACUCUAACCUCGACGAGAUCGACGUGCAUCCCGCGUCUUUCAGGAACUCGAUCAUAGCAGCCGCGCGCAUCGAAAACACCGAGUCCGAAACCGAUACCGAGAAUGAGAACGCAGUGGCCGACGAGAACAAUGAUCCUACCGAGAAUUCACCACUCCUGAAUGGGACGAAGAGGAGGGCCUCGACCAGUAAGAGUUCUGGUAAAGACGGCAAGACAAGCAACGGCAAGGCCAUCUCCCACCCCGAGCACAAUCACAACCAACCCAAGGAAUCAGGCAAGGGAGGCCACGGCCACUCCCACGGCGACCUAAACAUGCGCGGCGUCUUCCUUCACGUCAUGGGCGAUGCGCUCGGCAACAUUGGCGUCAUAGCGUCCGCGCUGGUGAUCUGGCUGACGCCCUACUGGUGGCGCUUCUAUUCCGACCCGCUCAUCUCCCUCAUCAUCACAGUCAUAAUCCUGUGCUCAGCCAUCCCGCUCUGCAAAGCCGCGUCUCGGAUCCUGCUGCAAGCCGUUCCCGCUGGUCUAAGCGUCGACGACAUCAAGGAGGACAUUAUGGAGCUGCCCGGCAUCGCCAGCUGCCACCACCUGCACGUUUGGCAGCUCAGCGACACGAAGCUCGUGGCAUCGCUGCACGUGCAGGUCGCGUUCGACUUCAAGGGCCAAGGGUCGGCGCGCUACAUGGAGCUCGUGCGGAACAUUAGGCAGUGCCUGCACGAGUACGGCAUCCACUCCUCGACCAUCCAGCCGGAAUUCUGUCUGGAUGAGAGCCAUGACCACUCGGUGGCGUACGACAACAGUGAAGAUAGUUGUAGCGAGAACGGUGCGCCGAAGAACGGCAAGCGGAAAACUGUCAGCAAGCAGGCGAGCAAGACGGGUAGUCUGAGGGAUAUGCCGGAGGAGUGUCUCCUUGAUUGCGGGGAUGCGUGCGGGAAUGCGAAGCAGUGCUGUGCGCCUGCGGAGUCGGAGGGGCAGGCGAGUGAGAGUGGGAAUGGGAAGGGUGGGAAGAAGUAG